AAUCGGAAUCUUUCCAAAAGGAGAGAGAGAGAGAGGAAAAAAGGAACAGAAAGAGAAAAGAAAGUAAGAGAGAAGGAAAGGGUUCCCAGGGGAUCGGAGGCAAAGGGAGGGAGAUUCGUCUCUCUCACUUUCUCUCUUCUCGCUCUUCAUCCUUCUCUCAUAUAAACCCACAUUCCCUCUCUCUUUUCCAACUCAAAUUUGCUGCUGCAUUAACUCCUCUCAUUCCCGUUUCCCUACUGUUUGAUCGUCCAAAAUCUUCCCACCACUAUGGUUUUGUUCUUCAAUUAGAAUCUCUCCUUCCUUCUUCUUUGAUUCUGAAUCAUGACCGUGAUGGGUCAGAAAGGAACUCAAGUUUUAGCCUAUAAACGAGAUGGGUUCUUCUCAGUCUUCGAUUUGGGCUCCCAAUGGAGUAUCCAGGAAGGCCACUUCCAUCCCGGAGGCUUAUUUGCCAGUGUCGGUCAGAUGGGUAUCGGGUUCGGCAUCUCACCCAAUUCCUCAAAUUCGGAUGACGCCAAUUCUCUUUACACCAAUUUGUGUAUGAAAUAUGUGCCUUCUGCUGAGGCUGUUAAUGUUGAGGAAACUUUUGUCAAUAAGAAGAAGAAGAAUAAGGGUGGUUUUCAAUUGAGAAUUAAGGUUGAAAAUCCCUCACUGAGGAGGUUGAUAAGUGGUGCAAUUGCUGGGACAGUGUCAAACACUUGCGUGGCGCCAUUGGAGACCAUUAGAACUCAUUUGAUGGUGGGUAACGGUGGCCACUCUGUCACUGAGGUGUUCAAUGAUAUUAUGAAGAAUGAUGGGUGGAAGGGAUUGUUUAGGGGGAAUUUGGUUAAUGUUAUUCGGGUUGCACCCAGCAAAGCGAUUGAGCUUUUUGCUUUUGAUACAGUCAACAAGAACCUAUCGCCUGGGCCAGGCGAGGAACCAAAAAUUCCAAUCCCUCCUUCAUUGGUUGCUGGAGCCUGUGCUGGAGUGAGUGCAACCCUCUGUACAUACCCCCUUGAGUUACUCAAAACCCGAUUAACCAUACAGAGAGGUGUUUACGAUGGUCUAUUAGAUGCUUUCAUUAAGAUCCUUCAAGAGAAGGGACCUGCAGAAUUCUACAGAGGACUUGCUCCCAGUUUGAUUGGAAUUAUUCCAUAUUCUGCCACCAAUUACUUUGCUUACGAUACAUUGCGAAAAGCCUACCGGAAGAUCUUCAAACAAGAAAAAAUAGGCAACAUUCAAACCCUUUUAAUAGGAUCAGCUGCUGGUGCCAUUUCGAGCUGCGCAACAUUCCCACUGGAGGUAGCUCGCAAGCAGAUGCAAGUCGGGGCUCUAAGUGGAAGACAAGUUUACAAGAACGUUAUCCAUGCGCUUGUAAGUAUACUUGAAAGGGAAGGCAUUCAAGGCUUAUAUAGAGGGCUUGGCCCCAGCUGCAUCAAGCUAGUGCCUAAUGCGGGCAUUUCAUUCAUGUGUUAUGAAGCUUGCAAGAGGAUACUUGUAGACAAAGAUGAUGAAAAUUAGAAUGUAAUUUUCACAUCAAACUGUUUGCAGUUGAGAAGAACACCAAAUCCCAUCUUGGAUUGUAACAGUAAAGUAAUAUUCUAUUGGUUAUGUUUGAUCUGCAUGAUUCUUGAACGUUAUAGCUAAGGAGCAGAUUUCAGCUUGGCAUGUCUAAAUUUUGUAUCUUCCUAAUGCUGAGAAAGAGAAGAAUUUGUUUGAUGAUCUAAGAGAAGUUUUAGAAUGAUUUGCAUCAAUUUCUUUUUAUAAACAAUGUAAAAGAUAUGGUAAAAGUAUAUAUUACUAAAUGUGUACUGUCAUUUAUUCU